AUGAGCGGUGGGGCCGAGCUCUGGCGAGUAGGAAGCAAAGGGAGGUCUGCAUUACAAAAGGUGCCUGCGGUAAUGGAGGUCGCGUUAGGGGGCAGUGGGCCGGAAGCGGCCACUGACAGGUUGGACUUUCAACGAAGCUGCGAAGAACAGUUGCGGAUUGUUAGAGGGGUUGGGCUGGGUGGGAGCUGCACAGCAGGGGAUCGGAUGAGUUCGGAGCAGACGCGACGCUUUUACGAGGGGGCGCUCGCUAGCUUUGGAAAGAUAGCGGAAAAGAGUGUGAAUGAGGCCAGUAACAAUAGCCGAAAGCGAACGUUCCAGCAAUUUCAGGGUUUCUUGGCGCAAAAUGCCUUUGGCAUCACCGUUGAGACUGCCACGCCUGCAGAUGUAGGGGCGUUUAUUGUUGGGGAUUGGAUCCCCAGUCAUAGUGCCGGCUGCCGUACUAAGCUGCCGCAAACUGGAGAGUGCAUUCCGUCGGUCUCCGCGGUGACUCAUGUGGUGAAAGAUUUAGCUAAGUCGUACGCUUUGCUCGGCUACGAAGGCCGGAGUAACCCUGCCAAAUCCGAAGUGGUUAAAUCAUUUCGGGUGGGUUACGAAAAGAUGCUGCACGAGCAGGGCGUGAAGGUGAAACGGGCGAAAGUGUUUACCGAAGAGAAGUUGGACGCCCUGCUGGCGCACCUUGCGCGACUGAUCCAGGCGAGCGGCCCGGGUUUAGAGAGAUGCGUGCUGCUCACCGACCAGGCGGCCGUGUUAUACCUUUGGGAGUCCCGUGCCCGCGAGAAGGACUGCGGACAGCUGCAGCGACAACAAGUCAAACUGGGGGAGCAGGCGGCCUACCCGGGUUGGAGCAAGACCGUCCGGCAAGAACCGAGCGCGCGCAUCCCGCUCGCGGUGCCGGUUCCGGAAGGGCGCCUGGCGUUUGUGGAAGCCGCCGUCCAGCUGCUGCACGGGAUGGAGGAAGGGGGCUUUCCCGUUGGCGAGGAUGGUUUCCUAUUUCGCGCCAUGAAUCGGAGUCGCACCGGCUUCGUCAAUGAGCCGAUGAGCAGCGAUACGCUGAGGAAGCGGAUACAAAAACGGCUUAAGGACGCUGGUCUGUUCGAGGGGGAGACCGUACACAGCUUCCGGCGUUCGGCCGUCCAGCAUGCUGCAGUAAAUCUGAAUUACAACGUGAAGGAGUUAAUGGAUUUAGGACGUUGGAAAAGCUAUGCCGCUUUCCGGUUGUACGUAGAAGAAGUUUGGCGAAAGUGA